AUGUGGUUCUGGGGAGGGGGUGGGGGGGGCGCCCCCGCUGGCGCUUUGAAAGAGGCGACUAACCCACACGCGUCAAACAAGCAGGACUUUUACACGGAGGCGCAUCUCCAGGCUCUGUUUGACGCGCUUCAGGCGUUCGGUUCAAUCGACGACCGGACUCGCGAUGCAGCUGUGGAGAUACUUCGGCAGAUUGCAGAGCUGCUGGUGUGGGGCGAGCGGCACAAGAACGAAGCGUUUUUUGACAUUUUCUGCGAACAAAACAUCCUCUCCUACUUCGUGGAAGUCGUGGCCCAACCUCGUGUCGCCAGCGCCGUCAAAGUCCAGGUCUUGCAAACGCUCAGCAUUCUCGUCCAAAAUACUCACCGGAAAACAGCCAUUUACUAUCUGUUUAGCAACAAUUACAUCAACACGCUUCUGAGCACAGCCUACGACUUCAGCAAUGAGGAGGUCGUGGCGUGGUACGUCUCCUUCAUCAAGAGCCUCUCGCUCUUGGUGACCGAAGAGACCGUCAAGCUCUUUCUGAAUCGGCGGGCGCCCAGCUUCCCAGUCUUCAGCGAGGCGGUCAAGUUCUUCAUCCACCGAGACUCGAUGGUUCGCACGCACGUCCGCACCGUCACACUCAGCAUCUUCAAGAUUCGGGAACCGAUCGUGGAGGAGUUCAUUGUCAAGCACUCGGCGGUUUUUUCGCACAUCGCCUGCUACCUCCGCGCCCAGUGGGCUGACCGCUGCCGGGCCCUGCGCGCCUGCCGCCGGCGCGUCUCGCCUUCUCCGUCUCUUUAUCUCGCUCGCCCCCACGCUUCUCGCGGCCUCCAGGGUUCUUCUCCGUCGUCAUCGCAGUAUGCGGCGCCUGCGGCCUCCCCUCCGCCGGGCUCGCCCGCGUGGACGGGCCCCUCGUUGGCGUCGUCCCUCGCCAGUCUGCGCAGUGGAUUCGCCGAGUGCGAGGAAUUUCUUGAUUACAUUCAAGACAUCUUCGGCAUCGGCGUGGAAGUCUACAACGCUAUUCUCGUCGAGCGGCUUCUCCUGUAUACCUACCUGCCCGUCUUUGUCGGCUGCCUCUGCCGCCAGGCGUCGCCUGUCGCGCAAGUGGGCCGCUUUGCAUUCCCCGACAACCAUGCGCCUCCUGCGCGACUUGCGACUUCUUCGUUCGCGGGCAGAGGCGACGCCCUGCGCUUCGCGCCUUCAGUGUCUUUGCCGUCGCUCCCACGCCGCGUCGUCUCUGAAGAGACGGUCACGGAUUCGUCUAGCUCUCUCGCAAGGCACCAUUCCGACGGGAUUGUGCGUUGCUCGUUGGGGUCGUUUUCCUCCUUCGGGCCCCCGCCGUCGUUCCGCGAAGGCACGCAGUCCGUCGAGUCUCAGUCCCCUGGUCUCACGCCCCGCCGGCACCACAGCCUCUCCUCGCCCACGGUCUAUUCGCGGCUCCGCGUGAAACGGCGGUCUCAGCAGACGCCACAGGCCCCGCCUUCGUCUUCCUCGUCUCGCUCGCCUUCUUCUCCGUCGAGGCGGCGAGAGAGAGCAGAGGCGUCUCGCUCUGUCUCUUCGUCCUCGCCGGCGAGCUCGCGGCACAGCGAGAGCAGCGACGACGCGCAGGCGGCGUCGCGGCGUUCGUCGGAGAAGGAAAAUGAAGGAUUUCUAGGGGGGCGUUGCCUCGCGAGAGACAUCUCCUCGCUCACUGGGAAGGCUUCAUGGGCGCGCUGGAAGAGUCCGUGGAGCAGAAAGGGCCGCAGCGGGAAGGCGUCAGGAGGACGCGACAAGGCGGAAGACGACAAAAGGGAGACCGCGGGCGAAGACGACCGCAGAGAACCCGAAGGUGAAGACGCAGAAGGGGAUGACAAGGAAGAGUCCGCAGAGCGGCCGCUAGCGCCGAGAGAGUGUCGACGAAAGGGAGACGGGAAAAGAGUCGAUGAUGGAGAAAGAAAAGUUCGUCCGAUGGACACGAGGAGAGAAGGCGGAGCUGAGGAUGUGGAACACGCGAGCGACAAAGCGAAAGCGUCGGAAGAGGAAAGCGCCAGACACCACGACGGGGACGAAGAGUGGAAGAUAGCAUCCUCUCGUACGCAGCGACAGCGUGACGACAGCCACGCUUCGUCCUCUCCACGUAGAGAGGAGCGACCGCGUCGGGCUUCCUGCGGCGAUCGGUCCUCGUCUGAUUCUGCCUCGGCGCCUCCUGAAGGGGCGCGGGAGAGCGAUCGGCCUCGCAAGAACGCGACGCGAAGAAGCGACGCCGAAGAUGCGAAGCGCGAGAGUGACGCAGAGAAAACCCGCAGACCACGCGGCCGGCGGGACGGCGGGAAGACCAAGAGAAGGUCGGAGUCGCGAGAGCGCGAGAAGGCGCGGCGGAGACAAGAGAGGGAGCAGAGACUGAGUCGGAAACACAGUCAGGGGCGCUCAAGCUCGCAGUCGUCGUCGUUGCCUUUCAAUGUCGCUGCGGCUGCCUCUUCGCCAGGCCUCACCAGCAAGCAACCGCAGAGCUCCACGGGCGCGAGCGGCGACGAGGACGUCACGCAUCAGCUGGUGGCGCUGUGGCUUCUCAUUCAGACGUUCACUACGAUUGAGAAUCCGAAUCUCCUUCGCCCUGUGCUGGCGCUCCUUCUUCUCCCCCGCGUGCCGCAGUCGCUGCUUCUCCUCGCCUCCGCGCCGUCACCGGCGACGCCCGCGGCCUACGUCGCCCUCGAGAGUCCCGCCCAGUGCGCGGGCAAAGUGGAAACAUUCCUCCCUGAGAACGAGGCGGGGGUCGCGGAAGCGAGGCAGCGCGCGCAGGACGGCGCGGCGGAUGGUGCGGCGCCGCACCGCGGAGUCGGAGAGGAGCAGCAGGGUGGAGGCCUCAGCACAGACACGCAAGGCGGGGAAGCCAUGCAUGCGCCGGAGGGAGUGGAAGGCGGCGAGAAGGCCGCCUUCCACUCCCUCGAAGCGGAGAAAUCGAGAGGAAGGCAAGACGAGGAAGACGCGCAGAACGGAGACGGCCAACGGGGAACGCCACUGCGCAGCCAGAGCUCUCUUGAACCUGUUGUGGGCGGAAAGGGCGACGCCGGAGACAUCGAGCAAGGCCCCCAGCAGGAGGGCGGAGGAGCCGCCCCGCACAGCGGGCAGAGACAGAGUGCCGCUGAGGCUACGGAGCGAAUUGAAGCGCGCACAGGCGAGACUCUAGAAGGCGAAACUGGCGAAGGUGACCUGCAGGCAGACGUGACGCAGGCCGCCUCUUCUUCACCCAGGAUGGCGUCCCUCGAGGGGGAGACGAGGCGACUCGACUUCGCGAGCCCAGAGGGCCCCCUGGCGUUUCCAGAAGUCGCGUCGCCUGCACCGCUGGCGCCUCCAGACGCGGCCUCGACAAACUCGCCGCGCCCAGACUUGCAGACGAGACUCUGCGAGAGCCCCGGGGCUCCGCGGGCGGGGCGGCCCUUCUUCAUGCGCACUGCGUACGGGCGCGACGCCGAGGCGUCUGGGCCCCUGGCGUCAAAGUUCGGCGAGUUGGGUGCGCGGCAGACCUCGCCGCCGACGAGCGCGGCAGACGCCGCUGUUCGAGUCUCCUCAGGGGGCAGCAGCAGGCCAGGCUCUUCGUUCUUCCACGAGAAGCUUCGAGCGCUUCGGAGCAUGGCCACAGCCGGCGGGGCGUCGUCGCGCGGCCGCCAAGCCCCCCCCUGGGUGGGCACCUCCGGCAGCGAGCGAGGCGACACGUCCUCGUCGCCCUCCUCCCUUGAGGGCGCAGACGCAGAUCCGCCGCGCGUUCGAGGAGCGCCUCUUCUUUCUCUUCUCGUCGUCUUCCAGCGACGAGGGGAGCGAGGGCGAGAGCGAGUCGCCGGCUGCUGGCGCGGGGGGGGGCACGCGCGCAGCAAACGGGUAGACAGAGGACCGCGCGCGAGGCCAGCGGGAGAGACGGCGGAGGGCGACGGCGGGCGGGAGGCGCCGUGCGCACGCCAGAAAGCCUCCGCCGAGGCUGCAUUGACGGUCUGGGCCUCGCCGCGGCAGGCCGACGCAGACGAGGGCGCGGAGGCGAGCGCGGAAGGGACGGUCCCGAUGCCUGGAAGGGAGACUCGCGCGGCUCGAGGCGGCAGGCGCCGCCUCCGCGCGCGGAGCGAGGCCACGAAGGCGCGGCGAGUCAGCGUGGAGGGAUGCGGGGAGGCGCCCGACGCAUGCAGGCCGGACGUGCAGUGGACUGCGCCAGGCAGCGCAAGCGCUUGCAGCCGGUAUUCUGGAGACGAGGCGGAUGCGGAGGGCGUCGGAAGCGAAGACGAGGACGCGUCGGUGUGGGUAGAAAAUCCGUAUCGAGAAGCUCUGGAACGGCUCGUGAGCGCAGAGUUCGUCGGGAAAAUGCGGCGCGACACCUCCGUGCUCCUGGGCGGCGCGCUGCUGCACGUGGUGCUCUGCCAUCCUUCGGUCACGGCGGUGUUCUUACAGAACGCCGGGGUGCUGCCGUCGCUCCGCUUUCGAAGCGUCCGCCGAAGAAACCGCGCCGCGCCGGCAGAGUUCGCGCGUGGAGCCUCGUUUUCGCUGUCGCCUUGUCCGUCCUACGUGUCGUCAUCGCUCUCGCUGACGCCCUCGCCGCCCUCUCCCCCGUCCCUUGCUGACGCGGCGUCUUCGUCUUUUGUGUUUUCUUCGCCGUUCGUCACGUUGCAUGGGCACAUUUCGUCUUCGGCUUCGUUCGUCUCGCUGCCCACGCGGCUGGACGCGGAGCCCGACGAGGCAGGCCGCGACACGAACGAGGCCUUAGAGGGCCUGCCGUUCCAGUCGAGGCGCCGUAUGGAGGCGGAGAGCGCGGCAAAAGGCGAAGAAACGAGCGGAAACGACGCAGACGGCGAGGCGAAGGAGACGCCGCAGGACGGGGCAGGCGACAGCCAGGCGGUGGCAGAGAGUGGAGAGCAGCGGCAAGGAGAGGAGGUCGGCAUGCCGCAGGGUGCUGCGCAGGAAGCGGCACAGAGCGAGAGCGGGGAGGCGUGCGAGAAUGAAACCGGAAGGGCGCGCACAGCCGCGCUGGAGGUCGGCGAAAAGGGGGACGAGGAAGUCGCACAGCCACGCGCGGGCCUUGAAGAAGCAGAACAAAGGGCGGCUCAAAAUGGUGACGAGCAGGCAGACUCUGCCAACGUACCAGGCACAGCAUCUCUCGGCGAAGACAGCGACACGAAUUUUCGUGUGUCCUGCCGGUGGACGCUUCUCAGCAACAUACUCGACGUCGUCACAGAGCACGCCAGCGAGGAGUUUCUACGGCCUGUCACCGUUGCCUUAAUGUCGCGCCUCGUGGGUCUCGUCCUUCUGUCGACUCUCGCGCGGCUGCGUCGGUCGGCGAUCGUGCCGCCCUUCCUCGCCCGCUCCUCGCCGAGUGCAUUCUGCCCCUGUCCCUCCGCCGCUUCGCCCAGCUCCGCGGCUGCGCGGGAGGGCGAGCCGGCCUCCACGCCGCCUGCACGUGGCCUCCCCGGGGGGGCGAAGCGCCGGUCUGGAAAGACGCGAGGGCGGCGCCAGGCGCGGCUCCUGCUGCAGCUCCUCCAGGAGAGCCUCGCGCGUGUCGCACGCGCCGCGCAGCACUUGAAGAAGGCCACGGCGUCCGCUGUGCAGGCCGCGCUGAUCCACGCAGACGCGCAAGCACAGGCGGCCAGCAAAGGCGUCGGCAGCAUGAACGCCCCCGUCGACUUGUUCUGGGAAGAAUGGGAGUCCCUGAAGAACGCGCCAGCCUUGGAUCUCUCUGCCCUGAGCCGGGAUCUCCGCCUUCUUCUUCCUCCGUCGCUCGCCGGAGUGCAGCAGUCUAACGUCGCCAGUUCGAGGAAAGGCGGCGCAGCAGAUGGUUUCAUCUGGCGGGAGGCUGCAACGCCGCACGAGGCCCAGAGGCGGGCGGUUCACGAGUGGCUCAUUGUCCGCCAGCUCUGCAAGGACGUGGCUGCGGUCGCCUCUCUGUACCAGUCUCCGGCGCCGGCUUCGGUCUCGGUUGCCUCGCCUUCUUCGGGCUGGCCGUCGCCUCUGCUCCUUGAGCGUCUCUCGGCGGAGGGCUGCACGGUGCUGCUUCGCGCGGCAGGGGGCGAGGACGACGGGUUCUACAGAAGACUCCGCGCCGCGGAGAGCGAGUGCGAAGACCAGGAAGAAGAGAGUGAGGAGAGCGACUCAGAGGACGGACGAGACGACGAGCCUCGACGUGGUGACAGCGAGAACGGCGACGGCUCCCAGGGCGGCGGGGGGGGGCGGGGUGGCCUGGGGGGCGGGGUGUCUCGCUCCGCCCCCCAGGCCAAAACCUCCAGCGACAAUGCAGGCGCCACGAGGGAAGGCGGAGCGACGAGGCGAGAGCAAAAGGCGCCGGAAGGCCGCCACGCGCAUGCGGCGGAAGGUGAAGCGGACCGGGGCCGCGGUCGCACGAGGCUAAGCGACCGGCACCACGAGGUCGGCUCGCCCCACAGCGCCGGAGAGAAAGGCGCAGAAACAGGCGCUGCCGGCGACUCCCGGGGGCGACUUGGGCCAGAGUCUCGCGGAGGAGAAACGGAUCUCGCCCCUGGGACGGAGGAGAGCGAACGAAGCAGCCCGUCUGGUUCGUCGCCACCUCAAGCCCGGAAUGCCGAUCCACGGGAGCCAGCAGUCGCAGAGAGUUACGCCUUUCUACUCAAAAAAGAGGAAGACACGAAAGGCGGACAGCUCGCGUCGAGCAACGCGGAAGGUGCGCCUGUGGGAAUCGAGCAGACUGAGGGCAGCGUGAGCGUGUGGCUCGCCGACCGGAACUUCAUCCGCUGCUUCGUGGAUACCGCCGGAGGGCUGGCUACUCGCUACUUUCUGCAGAGCGAGACGCAUGCGUUGCUCGUAUCGCCUUCGCACACGACGCCCGGCAGCGCUGACGUUCGCACGGCUUGCCCUCUCGGUAGUAUCGACUGCCGCGUGGAUCCAACGAACUCGCGCUGCCUUCAUCUGCUGCUCUUCGCCUCAGCGCCUCCGCCGGGCGAUGCGGUGUGGACUUCCACGCCGCAGCGCUCGCUUGACCUCGAGGAAGACGCCACGCGCCUCGCAGCAUCCUCUGCGCUCGCGAGUCCCUGCGCCGCUCACCGACCCUCGCGGCGUCACACGCUCAAGGCGCUGACUCUGCAGGUGGCGCCCGCGCUCGGGUCCUGCGCCGCUCGCCGCGGCUCAGGACCCGACGCGCUGUCACUCGCCCUGUCCCCGGCCUCUUGGGCUCCACGCGCGUGCACCGGCCGGUCAAGGGACGCUGUGGGCGCGACAGCCGCCCCUGCUGCGCCCGCGUCGUCGUGGCUGUCCGCAUCCUUACCUCCCGGCGCAUCGGCGCCUGCGUGUGGAUGGUACUGCGGGCGAGGAGGGGGGGAGAGAGAGGGCGCGCAGAGUUGCGCGCGCCCAACGCACUGGGUUCUUCGCAUCGCGUUUGACGAUACUCUCAGAUGCUGCAUCGUCGCGAAAUCCAUUCAGGAAGGACGGCAUCGAGCCCGGACGGCGUUUCGGCGCUUCAUUGAUCGUUUCCUAGAGGACGCAAACGCAGACGACUCCUUGCUCUUCACUUCUCCCUUUGCGUUCCCUCCGCCUGCGUGGAACAGUUUCGCUGCGUCGUUUUCUUCGCCUGAGAUUGUAUGCCCGAAGGGAGCUGCUCUAUGA